AUGGCUACCGCCGAUGCUACGGACCAUCACGGUGGCACGACACCCGACUCCCAAAUCACCAACACUGGCCAACGAGCCAGCAUUUCAAAUACUGAGGAUAUUGAUGCCAACGACAUCAAUUCCAAAGACAACAAGGUCGAAGUGACAAACGACCUCGAUAGUGCAGACGUGCGUGCACCAGAAACGCAAGGGUCAAACCUACCGAAGUUGACCCAAGUCAUAAUUGCAAAUGUGCGUCAACUGAAGCUCAACUCAAAGGACUCAGAAGAAUGGGCUCUUUCCAAGGGCCAACGCAACUACAGCAGAUGGGUACAGUGGUCUCGCACUGUUGCCAGCUGGCUGUAUCUCCAGGUCGACAAAAGCAUACAGGAGAGACUCCAGAAACUCCACAGGAUACCUAGCAAAGCGGACGCUCUAUUUGACGGCAUCCUGAAGAUCGUUCGACAAAGCGAAAGCCCCAUUCCCACCAGACUUCGAAUUAACAACUACGACUACAAUAGCCGAAAGAGAUCGGACUUUGAGACUGUGAGGAAAUAUAUCGCAACACAUCGAUCUCAGUAUUACUUGCUCGGUUCGAACCUGCUCGUACCUAUCAGCUAA